AUGAUGGCGGAUCCGACGGUGAUAAGCUUGAGACCUGGAGGCGCCGGUGGCCUCCGUGCCCCCAGAUUCCUCGCAUCCCGCUUUGAUUCUUCUUCUUCAGAGGCUCAGGCUCUCCAGUCCCAUGCCGGCCUCGCUCCAGCCUUCAAGACUGGUGACUUGCGGUUUGAAGGUCGUGAGCGUGUUCGAUAUACUAGAGAUCAACUUUUGCAGCUCAGGGAGGCUACUACUAUCCCUGAGGAAAUUUUGAAGAUUAAACAAGAAAUAGAUACUGAGUUUGUUAUAGAGGAUCCUACUUGGGGUCGUGCAGAUGCCAAUCUGCAACCUCAACCCCAAGCUCGUUAUUCUGAGCCAGAUAAUCGCGAUUGGCGCGGUCGAUCUGCACAGUUGCCUGCUUCUGAGGAAGAUAAAAAGGAAUUGAAUAACCAGCAAAAUUCCCAGUUUGGAAGGGCGCAAAUUUCUGGUAACCAAGUGGUAGGGCCUGCUCCUGCCCUCGUUAAGGCAGAAGUUCCAUGGUCAGUUCGAAGAGGAACUUUGUCUGACAAGGAACGUGUGUUGAAGACAGUGAAAGGUAUAUUGAACAAAUUGACCCCGGAGAAGUUUGAUGUUCUCAAGGGUCAACUUAUUGAUUCUGGAAUCACAACUCCAGAUAUUUUAAAGGAUGUUAUCUUUCUGAUAUUUGAUAAGGCUGUGCUGGAGCCAACAUUUUGUCCUAUGUAUGCCCUUUUAUGCUCAGAUCUUAAUGCAAAGCUUCCUCCUUUCCCAUCUGAGGAGCCUGGUGGGAAAGAAAUCACUUUUAAACGAGUCCUAUUGAAUAAUUGUCAAGAAGCUUUUGAAGGUGCUGACAACCUGAGGGCAGAAAUUAGGCAGAUGACUGCUCCUGAGCAAGAAAUGGAAUGCAGAGAUAAAGAACGAAUGCUUAAGUUGCGAACUCUAGGAAACAUACGCCUUAUUGGAGAACUAUUAAAGCAAAAGAUGGUGCCUGAAAAGAUUGUCCACCAUAUUGUUCAGGAGCUUCUGGGACAUGAUGGCAAAGCAUGCCCUGCUGAGGAGAAUGUGGAGGCAAUAUGCCAAUUUUUCAACACCAUAGGUAAGCAGCUGGAUGAAAGCCAAAAAUCUCGGAGAAUCAAUGAUAGCUAUUUUAGUAGGUUGAAGGAGCUGACUACAAACACUGAACUUGCACCACGGCUGAGGUUCAUGGUCCGUGAUGUUCUUGAUUUGCGGUCUAACAACUGGGUCCCCAGGCGUGAAGAGGUUAAAGCAAAGACUAUCAGUGAAAUCCAUUCAGAAGCCGAAAAGAAUCUAGGGUUGCGUUCAGGUGCAACAGCAAUGAUGAGAAAUGCUCGCAAUGCUGGUUCCCAUGGGGACUUGAGCCCCGGAGGGUUUCCUGUUACCAGGCCUAUGCCCGGAAUGCCAGGGACCAGGAAAAUGCCAGGAAUGCCUGGUCUUGAUACUGACAAUUGGGAGGUUUAUCGAUCCCGUUCAAUGACCAAGCGUGAUGGUUUGGGGCCCUCCCAGUCUGCCAGCCGUGUCCAGCCACCUUUGAUCAGCAAAACACCUUCUCUUAAUUCAAAAUUUUUACCUCAAGGAAGUGGUGGCAUAAUAGCUGGGAAAACAAGUGCCUUGUUGCAGGGAGCUGGUGGUCCUCCUACCAGAACUAAUUUGAUUGCAGGAGUUGAACCUCUUACUCAAAACCCCAAACCUAUAGUUCCAGCUGCAUCUGCAAUUCCUUUGGAGAAGCCUCUGGCUCCUGCAACUGUAUCAGAUUCUGCUAAGCCUCUGGCUCCUGCAACGGUGUCAAAUUCUGCUGUUCUUCAUAGGAAAACUGUAUCUCUGCUGGAGGAAUAUUUCAGUGUUCGGAUUCUCGAUGAAGCACUUCAAUGUGUGGAGGAGCUGAAAGCCCCGGCUUACCAUCCAGAGGUUGUUAAGGAAGCUAUUGCCGUUGCUCUGGAAAAGAUCCCACCAUGUGUGGAACCCGUUAUAAAGCUUCUUGAGUUCUUGUUCAAUAAAAAAGUUGUGACAUCUGUUGAUAUAGGAACUGGGUGCCUUCUUUAUGGGUCAAUGUUGGAUGAUAUCGGCAUUGAUUUGCCAAAGGCACCAACUAAUUUUGGUGAUGUUAUUGGGAAGUUGGCUCUGGCAGGUGUGUUGGACUUCAAGGUUGUGACACAAAUCCUGAAGAAGGUGGAAGAUGACAUGUUCCGGACAGCCAUCUUUGGUGCUGCUAAGAAGAGCAUUACGUCCAGCCCUUCUGGGCAAGAAUUUUUGGCAAACCAGGAAACUGAGGUCCAGGCUUGUGAGACUUUGCUUUCCUGA